CAUUCACACGAUGAGGCUCCGUCAUUCAAAUAUAGUCAACAAGCAAACGAUCCACCUCCAAAAAAACAGGCAUCAGACAGCAACGGACAUGGUCAUGCUCAUGGAAGUCAUGGACAUGCACACUCACACGAAGGACAUGGACAUGCACAUUCAAAUGAAGGACAUGAUCAGGGGUCAAUGAUGCUCUGGUUGCAAGCAUUGGGUGCUACUGCUUUUAUAAGUAUUUCACCUGUAUUUAUUCUAUUAGUCAUUCCAUUAGAUAAAUCAGAAGAGCAUCAACCAUUAUUGAAAGUGUUACUCAGCUUUGCUUCUGGAGGAUUACUUGGUGAUGCCUUUCUUCAUUUGAUUCCUCAUGCAGUGAAUCCCCAUUCUCAUGGAGAAGAUGGUCAUGGUCAUGGACACUCACAUGGACACAGCCAUGGUGAAGGGGGUCAUGGACAUGAUAUGAGUGUAGGAUUAUGGGUACUUGGAGGAAUUAUUGCUUUUUUAAUUGUUGAGAAGUUUGUAAGAUGGGUAAAGGGUGGUCAUGCUCAUUCCCACUCACACAGUGCUCCUAAACCAAAGGUGGAUGAAAAAAAAAAGAAGGAAAAGAAAGCCAAACAAAGUGAUGAUGAAGCAGAAGAUGAAAAUCCAUUGAAAGAUAUAAUUGAAGAUAUAAAAGUGGCUGGUUAUUUAAAUCUUGCAGCUGAUUUUGCCCACAAUUUUACUGACGGCUUGGCCAUUGGUGCAUCAUUUAUUGCUGGUCGUAAUGUUGGUAUCAUUACUACAGUGACUAUAUUUUUACAUGAAAUACCUCAUGAAAUUGGUGAUUUUGCUAUUCUAGUCCAAUCUGGCUGCUCUAAAAGAAAGGCUAUGCUGUUACAGUUCUCUACAGCUAUUGGUGCAAUGUUAGGUACAGUGUGUAGUUUAUUAGCUGAAGGUGCUGGGGAUGCUGCUAUUGCUUGGAUACUUCCAUUUACUGCUGGCGGUUUUAUUUACAUUGCUACAGUAUCAGUAAUACCUGAAUUAUUAGAAGAUAGUAAAUUUGGACAGUCAUGUAAAGAAAUAUUAGCUUUAUUAUUAGGAGUUUAUAUGAUGGUACUUAUUGCUCAAUAUGAA